CCAAAAUGCAAGUCGCAUGACGACAUAAAUAACACCACGGGGGCUAGAAGGGGGGUAAAGGCGUUAAGAUCCCAGGAAGAGCUAUUGUGGUAUUUGCUCUAGAGCUCCACCAUCUUGAAUAUCAAACCGGUGUGGGAAAAAAAAGCAGCAGGAUGUCAACGGAAGGCCUAGCGGGUUUUGCCGCACUGAAACCGGCUAUCAUCUCAAAAGUCCAUGUAGACUUAGCUAAAAUCCAUCCUUUCGGCACUGCACUUAAUGGCUCCAAGCUCAUUCAUUUUGAGUGCCCAACAGGUACUAUUGAGAGCGUCCCGGGAUUCGAGCCAGCUUUUAAGGCUACCGUAACGUUUGGUGGGGAUUGGUUCUCCAUGGACGCAGACGGGCAACACGGUCGGGUGGAUUUCAAGGGGAUAGCCGUGACCGAGGAUGGUCAUCAAAUUGACCUCCGCACUUAUGGCAUCGUCACAAUGGGACCAGAAGCCUCCAAGGUCUUCAACUUGCAGCCGGAUAUGUGCACUGUCCCUUUCGGGUACAUUCCUGCAAAGAGCGAGUAUAUAGUGAGCGAUCCCAAAUUGAAGUUUUUGGAGAGUAGUGUUCUUGUGGGAAAUGCUCGUGUCAUUGUUGAUGAGACUGGGGUGACUGUCGAGAAUAGGCAAUCCCUAGUGCUAGCCACAGAAGCCGAGUAGCUACCUAUAUAGAGGGGGGUAACAGCUGUAGGGGUACAGCAUUAGGGCAGUUUCGAAUAGAAUAUAAGCUGAAUUUACUUAACAGCCACACAAUAUCAUUACGUCUUGGUAACAAAGCCGAAUAUAUCUGGGCGGACAUGUCCAUGUAUUGAAAAGAUACCUCACGAUGAAUUAAUGGUGAACCAAUAAUAUUUUCAAAUAGUCUUGCGUAGGGCGAUCGUGUUUCUGAGAUUAGAGUCCAAGUAGCUCUUAAGAGUGUGUGAUGUUG